AUGCGCCGCUGCCUGAAGGCGUGCGACAUGGGCGGGGGUUGUAUCCUGGCGUGCCGCGGCAACCCCCUGCUGGACGACAUGCUUGUUGAGGAGGUUGGUCUCAAAAACGAUGGACUACUGCACCUUGUGAUCCCGCUGGGUUGGCGCCUGCCUCAGCGGAUAAAGGUCCUUGUGGCCCCAAGUGUAUCCCUGCCGAUGGCACGUCCGCAGAGGAACUGUGCGGUAGCGCAGUGCACUUUCGGUGCGCAGGAGUGCCUGAGGCCUGCGGGAUGA